UUAGUCUGUAUGUGGCAGUUGAAAUCCCCGAGUGCUGAGCCACUUCAGUGGAAAAGGCAGCAGAGAGAAGGGGGUGUGACAGCAGCAUGCAUUUCUAGAGAAAGCUGCUCAUUCUGAAGACUUUCUCCUCCUCUCCUCUGAGGCGUUUGAGUCUCUAGUCCAUGAGUGCUGCAAGUGUGCUCACGUCUUUCAGCCCAUCAGUAAUGCCUGGCCCCGUGAUGACGGACGUGGCAAUGAGAUUCUACAUCAGCCACUCUCCACCCCCUUUUCGGAGCUUCAUCAGCUCCUACGGGGAUGUGCAGAAGGCCAAGAACAGGGCCAACCAGCCCAACACUCGAAGUUGCGGCCAGCAGCUCUACAAACCCCUGAGGCCCUGUCUUAGCCACCAGCGCCGAGUCGUGGACGAUGGCAGCCAUGUGGCCUGGAAGAACAAGGCCUGUAAGAAGAGGGUGGUGUUUGCAGACACCAGGGGCAUGUCGCUUACAGCCAUCCAUGUCUUCUCUAAGUUUGAAGACGAGCCGUAUCAGAACAAGUUGGUCGAUGGGAUCACAGAGGAGCUGCAGUUUGAAAUGAUGGACCUGGAAGCAGCCACCAUGGAUCUAAAGAUCAGCUCGUGUCGCAGCCUCUCGCUUGACUUUAAACAGCCCUCGGCUGACUACCUGGACUUCCGAAACCGUCUGAUUCAGAACUCCGUCUGCUUGGAGAACUGCUCUCUGCAGGAGCGCUCCCUGACUGGCACCAUCAAGGUCCGGAAUAUCGGCUUUGAGAAGUCUGUGCAGGUGCGUAUCACCUACGACUCAUGGGCCAGCUUCACCAACGUGGAGUGCACCUUCAUGAACAACGUCUAUGGCUGCCAGGAAACUGACACCUUUGCAUUUGACGUGGAGCUGCCUUCCUACAUCCCACCAAGAAACCGGGUCGAGUUCUGCAUUUGCUUCAAGGUCCAGGGCCAGACCUACUGGGACAACAAUGAUGGCAAGAAUUAUACACUCAAACACACGGGCUGGACUGGAGAGGACAUUGACACACUUUCUGCUGAGCAAGAGAAGCUGGUGGAGCACAAAGCCGGGGGCGGGAAGCUCCUGGAGCUCGAGUUUGAUCAGUUUGGCAGCCCACGCAUGUCCAGUGGACUUUUCCCUGGCUGGCAGAGCUGCGGUCAGAUCGACAGUACCGUGCCUUACUGGUGAAACAUCAGGAUGUUUGCAGAACAACACUAGCAGGGUUCAAACCAGCUCUGGGCCAGAAACUGAGCUAAAGCAAACAGCUGCAGCUUUUUUAGCAAAGCGAGCACACGGAGCAGAGAGAAUCCUACCAAGCUGACCUGAUUCCUGCUCCAGCGUGCUUGUGUAGCCGAUGAAUGAUGAAACUGUCUGAGGAGGAUGGAUGUCCAUUGGGAAAUGGCUGACUUUUCCAUAGAUGUAAUUAUAAAAAUGUGAUGUGCCUUCUUGCUGUGCCUUCCCACUAAAACAGACCCAGGACAGCUGAGGCCCGUUCAGAGGGCCUGGUCAGCAUGCACUGACGGAGAUGGAGGAAAUGGAGCUGAUGAAGUACUUCAUAUUGAAGGGGAAGUUUGGGGACAGCAUGACGCAGACCCAAAUUCAGAAAACACUGCUGAUUCAUUUGUGAUGAACAGAAAGCACAGUAACAUUUGCACCGCCGCAAGAGGUGAUGUCAGCACAUAACUUCAGAAGGCCGAGGUGUUUGGUCAGGAGUCAUGCAGCGCCUUCUUUCCCUCCAUGUACACUGCACAUGUUUGUACGGUAAAGUGAUGUUUUGUUAGAGGGGUUUGCUGAGGAACUAAGCUGCUCAGAACAGGGGUGUCACCAGAAAGUGAUGGAAUGUGAUUGGGUUGCUGAAGUGAGGAGGAAGUUUGGAAAUCUGUGUGUUUCUGGUAUGUGAAGAAAGAAGUGAUGAAAAGGUCUAAUGUGCUGUUUUCUUUUUCUCACAAGUGCAAUUCCUGAUCACGAGUGUGCAGAAUGAUCUUUUCUGGAGCUAUUUUUGUCUCUCGUUUUGAAGAAAAGGCAACUUGUGUCUCACUUGAAGGCGUGUGCUGCACCAUGACAGUUAAUGUGUUUCCUUUCAAAAUAAAUGUAUAUAUUUGUGCUAACA